CCGUGGCCACAGGUGAGCCCGAGCGCGGCCCCGGCGGCGACCCCAGCAUGGGCAACAGCGCGGGACGCAGCGACUUCGAGUGGGUCUACAGCGACCAGCCGCACACGCAGCGGCGCAAGGAGAUGCUCGCCAAGUACCCAGCCAUCAAGGCGCUGAUGCAGCCAGACCCGCACAUCAAGUGGACUGUUCUGGGGAUGGUACUGACGCAGCUCGUUGCCUGCUGGCUGGUGCAAGGGCUGGCUUGGCGCUGGCUACUGUUCUGGGCCUACGCUUUUGGUGGCUGCGUGAACCACUCACUGACACUGGCCAUCCAUGACAUCUCACACAACACUGCCUUUGGCACAGGCUACACGGCACGCAACCGCUGGCUUGCCAUCUUUGCCAACCUGCCCAUUGGCCUGCCCUAUUCUGCAUCCUUCAAGAAGUACCACGUGGACCACCACCGCUACCUGGGCGGCGAUGGGCUGGAUGUGGAUGUGCCCACACGGUUCGAGGGCUGGCUCUUCUGCACGCCGGCCCGCAAGCUGCUCUGGCUAGCGCUCCAGCCCUUCUUUUACACGCUGCGGCCGCUGUGCGUAAACCCCAAGGCCGUGACCCGCAUGGAGAUGCUGAACACCCUGGUGCAGCUGGUUUUCAACACCACCAUCUUUGCCCUCGGGGGGAUCAAACCUAUGGCCUACCUUCUGGCCAGCUCCUUCCUGGGCUUGGGCCUGCACCCCAUCUCUGGUCAUUUUGUAGCAGAGCACUACAUGUUCCUGAAAGGCCACGAGACUUACUCCUACUAUGGGCCCCUCAACUGGAUCACCUUUAAUGUGGGUUUCCACAUGGAGCACCACGACUUCCCCAGCAUCCCAGGCUGCAACUUACCGCUGGUACGGAAGAUCGCCCCCGAGUACUACGACCACCUGCCGCAGCACCACUCCUGGGUGAAAGUGCUCUGGGACUUUGUGUUUGAGGACUCUCUGGGACCCUAUGCCAGGGUCAAGCGGGUGUGUAAGCUGGCAGAGGAUCCCAUGUGAGCCCAGCUAGCUAGCAGUCCCAAGGGGGCAGCCUUGAGCCUCUUGCCCACUGCCAACACUGUAGGUGGCUGCUGUCACCCCCCCCCCCCUUCAACUGACUGUAACCAAAGUCCCCAAGGAGCUGGCUUCUCUGGUGUUCCUGCCCCGCACUGAUUAAAUCCAGCACUUGCUUUCGG